AUGGCUAUCGGUAAGGUAACAAAGAAGAGAGUAUCAUCUAACGUCAUUGAUGCGGAUGUCACUUCUUCCAAGGUGAUAUUCCAAGAAAAAGACGCAUCUAGAGAAAAGCUCAGUCAUAACCAAAAACGUGUAAAUCAUGUAACCAGUGAACAAAGACGUCGUGAGAUUCUGAGGGAGUAUUACGAUCGGUUAGUCAAGAUAGUGCCUGAUCUUGAGGAGUCUGAAAAUAGGUCUGAAUGGCAGAUAUACGUAAAAACGAAAAACUACUUGCAUUGGCUCUAUACAAGGAAUGAGCAGCUGCGGAAACACUUGAAUUACUUUAAUGUCACAUGUCCCGAACACCUAGUUUGGGAAUAUCGUGAAGUUUGA